UGUCUGAUCACCGCCAUUUUGUUGUGGACCGUUCCCCAGUGGAAAAAAUGUCCCUGCAAGUGGACCAAGAAUCAGAAGUUACACCGGAAAAUGUCACUGAAUACACAAUAAUCCAACAAGUCCCUCAAGAUGAUGCAGCCGCGUACUCGGACAUGGCAACUUCUGUCAGCGAUGGCACACACACAUUCACAGUCCCUGCAAGUCUGUCAGAAGACAUGGCGUUGGACCCCAAUGUCCGUCAAAGUGUCGUGCAGAUAUUGGAGCAAGCAAUGGCCCAGCAGCAGUCGGCACAGACGCAGGUCAUACAGAAUGUCUACUUCACAGUGGAUCCCAACAGUGGCCAUGCUAUCCUCCAUAACCUGACAGAUGAUCAAGCAAUGUUAGCUAACCUGCAGCCUGGAAUGCAGCAAGGCAUGGAGGAGGAUACUUAUGCUCAGUUAGUGGAUGCGGCUGGAACGACCGGAGAUCAGGUUGUUCACAUCCAGAUAGAAUCUCAAAACCAAGAGAACAUCCCUCCCCAGCAGGCAUCUAUAAAGGUAGAGUCUGAUCUGCCCCACACCUCUGAGCCUGAUCCUACCCAUAUUGGACCACAGCGACCACCUAAACGCUCUGGACGUCCCAAGCUCAACAUAGAAAUAAAACCUCCCGUGGGAAAGGGUCCAUACAAAUGUGACCACUGUGAAAAGGUCUUCCCCAAGUGGCCUCAGCUUCAGCGCCAUCUACGAACACACGAUGAAGACAAGCCAUACCGCUGCAUUGAUUGCUUCAUGACGUUCAACGUGGAGGAGAAUCUCCGGCUACACGCGGCCAUCCACAAUAUUGAUAACCCAAAAUGUCCGGAAUGUGGCAAGAAGUUUACCCGGGUGGCGAGUUUGAAAGCUCAUCUAAUGAUGCAUGAGAGAGAGGAGAGUCUCAUGUGCUCAGAGUGUGGCGAUGAGUUUGGUUUGCAGAGCCAACUUGAUCGCCAUAUGGAAGAGCACCGAGAAGAGCAAGAAGGCCGACGGAGGUAUCCAUGCAAGCAGUGCACACAGGAGUUCGGCCGGAUGCAUCUGCUCCGUGAGCAUAUGAAGCAGCAUUAUAAAAUCAAGUCCUCCAUGUCUCACAAGACAUACCGGCGUCAGAUUGACCGGACCCGUUUCCCCCACAAGUGCGCUCACUGCGGCAAGACCUUCCUCAAGCCAAGUCAGCUUCAACGUCACAUCCGAAUUCAUACAGGAGAAAGACCAUUCGAGUGCCAUGUCUGUGAUAAAGCUUUCAACCAAAAGGGGGCGCUGCAGAUUCAUAUGACCAAACAUACGGGCAAUAAGCCGCAUGUGUGUGACUUCUGUCCGAUGCCUUUCUCACAGAAGGGAAAUCUUCGAGCUCAUAUUGCGAGAGUGCACACCCCUUCAAAAGAUGGUGACAACUCCACUUACACCUGUGAAGAAUGUAGCUGUGUGUUCAAGAAGCUCGGCAGCCUCAACGCUCACAUGAGCAAGGCUCACAGUGAACCAACGGACCUUGCCACAGCGGUUGAAAUGAAUAGAAAGCAGACUGGAGACAGCAAACAGGCUGUCAGCGAUGUCAUUCAUCAGCUGUUGCAGUUAUCGAAACAGGUGUCAGACCAGCAGCCAAGUGUGAGUGGUGUUAACAAUGACAUACUCCAGCAGGCCCUGACUGACAGUGGUCUCACCGCCAACCCAGAUAAAGCAACUGCUGGAGCAGAUCUGAAACCUCCAGUGUCUGUUCCACAAAAGAUCCCUCUACAGCUGAGUGAGAGUGGUAUGGCGACUCUGGCGAUUCAUGAUGCAGCGACUGGGCUCAUGAAGAGACAUGUCAUCAGAAAGGUAAACGGCAUCCGAUGGCACCAGUGCACUUACUGUAGCAAGGAGUUCAAAAAGCCUAGUGACCUCGUGCGUCACAUUCGCAUCCACACCCACGAGAAACCCUACAAGUGCACGGCAUGCUUCCGGGCGUUCGCCGUCAAGAGCACGCUGACAGGCCACAUGAAGACCCACACUGGCAAUAAAGACUUUAGAUGUGAGGUCUGUGAGAAGAUGUUCUCAACACAGGGAAGCUUGAAGGUGCAUCUCCGGUUACACACAGGUUCCAAGCCAUUUGACUGUUCCCAUUGUGACAAGAAGUUCCGAACCUCCGGUCACCGGAAAAGUCACGAGGCUUCCCACUACAAGGAGAACUCACCCAAGAAGCCUCGUCGCCCUAUCAAGAGGUCGUCCAAGCCUGAUAUAUCACUCCCAGAUAUACCGCUGCAGGAACCCAUUCUUAUCACAGACACUGGUCUCAUCCAACAGCCGUCAAGGACGGCCAUGUUUACCUCUUACCUUGGUGAAACCACCAGCGUCGACCGCCCUUACAAGUGCCAGUACUGUUCUCGAGGAUUUAAGAAGUCCAGUCAUCUCAAACAGCAUGUCAGAUCACACACAGGAGAGAAACCUUAUAAAUGCCUGCAGUGCCUUCGCCAGUUCGUGUCAAGCGGCGUCCUGAAGGCUCACAUCCGCACUCACUCGGGACUCAAGUCUUACAAGUGUCUCAUCUGUGACAGCACGUUUACCACCAACGGCAGCUUGAAGCGUCACAUGUCCAUCCACAGCGAGGUCCGGCCGUUCAUGUGCCCGUAUUGUCAGAAGACAUUCAAGACAUCGGUCAACUGUAAGAAGCAUAUGAAGACACAUAAACAUGAGUUGGCCAUGCAGGCCCUCCAACAGCACCCUGACCAGUCCGACCAGCCGGAGAUCACAGACACCAUACAAGAUGACCAAGAUGAUGUCCCACAACCUGCUCAGACCCAGGUCAUCACGCAAACUGACACAGAGAUUGUGACGAACCUGGAGGUCCAGAUCCCACAUCAUCACGGCCAGCCACAACAAGUGAUCCAGGAGCAACCUGACCUGACCUUGAGUCAACCUGAUGUUGUGCUCCACACUGAGGACCUGAAUACUGCCAAUGUGAUUACUGAUGGCCUCGAUCAGAGUGCCCUAGAGCAGCAGCUGCAACAGACUCUCAAUCAACAGAUCUUUGGCAACCAACAGAAUCUAUUGGGCAACCAGCAAAACUUCAACCAGAUAACAUUCAGCCAGGGCCAGUUCACUGUCGGCCCAACCCUGCAGAAAAUGUUGGACGUCAACUCAUUUACUGGUGCACUGAACACGCCGGUGACGUCCGUUUCUAAUCCACUGCCAAGUACAUCCAUGCAGAACAUACUCCAAACAAGGGAGAAUGAGCUGACCCCCGCCCAGCAAGAGCGCCAGGCCGUCAUCCAACAGGAGACUGACGAUGGUAAACGUUCAUACCGGUGUUGUUACUGUGACAAAGGCUUCAAGAAGUCAAGUCACCUCAAGCAACAUAUCCGUUCACAUACUGGAGAAAAACCAUACAAAUGUGGCCAGUGCACCAGGAUGUUCGUGUCAGCAGGUGUACUCCGGGCUCAUCUGAAGACGCACACCGGAGUUAGGGAGUUCAAGUGUCAUGUAUGCAGCGCCACCUUCACUACGAACGGCUCAUUAACUCGGCACAUGAUGAUUCACACGACCGCCAAGGCAUUCCAGUGUCCACUCUGUCCUGAACAGUUCCGAACGUCAAUCCAUUGUAAGAGACACAUGAAGACCCACAGUCAGGCGGAGGGGGCCGAUGAUGAUGAAGACUAUGUGCCUGGAGAUGAUGAGGACACAGCUGAUGAAGGAGGCAAGGCACAGAACUCGUCAACACGAGGGAGGGCGAAAUCAACAAUCAUACAAAUCACUGAAGAACAAGCUGCCAAACUCACUGAAACCAGCAUGGAGCAAGACAUGUCUGUAUCAGAGAAAAUCCUCAUCCAGUCUGCAUCUGAGAAAGAUCGCAUUGCACAGGUUCAGGAGGAUGAUGAUGGUGCUGUCACCGAGAAAAUGCAGAAGCAUGCACAUGCUUGUAGUUCAUGUGAUAAAAGUUUUAAAAAGCCGUCAGAUCUGGUUCGUCACCUGAGGAUCCACUCGGGAGAGAAACCAUAUGAGUGUAGUAUAUGUCAUCGGCAGUUUACCGUUAAGUCCACGUUGGAUUGUCACAUGAAGACACAUUCUCAAGUGGACAAGUCGUUUAAAUGCCAUGUCUGCAACUCACUCUUCUCCACCAAGGGAAGUCUGAAAGUUCACAUGCGACUCCACACGGGAGCGAAACCUUUCAAGUGUAAACACUGUGAUGCUCGCUUCCGCACAUCGGGACAUCGCAAGAGUCAUAUGCAGUCUCACUUCAGGCCAUCAGCUGUGCCGAAGAAGAGGAAGGCACCAUCACGUCCGGCAGACCAACUCCAGCCAAUUAAUAUGCUGAACCAACCAGCUGAGAUACCAGCAGUGCAGAACCAAGUGAUCAACUUAGACAAUUCUCUCCUCCAGUCGGGUAAUGUCAUGCCAAUCUCAUUAUCCAUUGAUUCAUUCGGCGCGUUGAAUGAGAGUGGAUUAGCUGCGCAGGUCUUGCAAGGUUUGGAGGGGAUUCAGCUGCAGCUGACUGGGGGCCUCGGGAGCCUUGGUCAGGGGAUACAGAUCUCUGGUCUUGAUCCAAGCCUUGUCUCACAGACAGUGCAAAUCGAUGCUAGCCUUCUCCAACAGAUACAGCAACAAGGUAACUUCAAUGUGCAGGUCAACCCAGGGCUCGUCAACCAGACAUUACAAGUGGCAGACCCGAACCUUAUCCAAAAUAUCCAAGUACAGUCAUCGUUACCAGAUGAUUCUGUGAAUCCUAAUGUCAUUGUGCAACCGAUGGCAUCGUUAACGUCCGAUGCAGAAGAUGAUACUGAGGAAGGGGUGGAGAUUCCGACGGGAGAGGUGUAUGAGACAACGACUGAGGUGGUGGAUCAAGUUCAUAACGAAUCUCUGGUUGAAGAGCAUGAUACAACGACCAUCCAUGACAUCACCGACCAAGCUCUGAUGGAGGAAUCAAGGAUAGAUAUGGACACGACAGACAGGAUUCAUGUAUGCCAGGUCUGUGACAAAGCUUUCAAGAGGGCCAGCCACCUGAGGGACCACCUCCAGACCCACACCAUGUCAGCGUCCAAGAGCAAAGCAACACCCCAUAAAUGUAACACAUGUGAGAAAGCGUUUGCUAAGCCUAGUCAGUUGGAGAGGCAUCGAAGGAUACACACAGGCGAGCGUCCGUUUGUUUGUACCAUCUGCCAGAAAGCAUUCAACCAGAAGAACGCCCUCCAGAUGCAUCUCAAGAAACACGCUGGCAGCAAGGAUUAUAAAUGUCCCUAUUGUAUGAUAGGAUUUGUACAGAAAGGUAACCUCAAGACCCACAUCAGGCGAGCUCACCACACAGACAUGGUACAGUCGAUGAAUAUACCCAAGGGUGACGGCAUGGACAUGUUGAACAAAAUGGACGAUGUUGUUGUUGAGAGUUCGUCUAUCACCAUGACAACUGGUGCAGAUGGAGAAAUGAAGGAUGAGGGGUCGAGUUGGGUAGAGGGUGUGGUGUCUGAAUUGUUUCAGUCAUGAAGGAGGAAUAUAGUGAGGAAUGAAUUGAGAGUAAUUAUCUCCUGAAACAGGAGAGUUAUCAUUCAUAGAGUUACAAUAUCUGAUCAACAGAACGUCUAGGAAAUGCUGAUGUGUACAAAUGUUGGUUUUAUAUUGAGUGAAAUCCUUCUGUGUUGAUGAUCAGAAGCAUAAUUUAUUCAAACACCAUUCGUUUGUCAGUUCUGGUCUGUUUUAUGAUUCAGAGUUAAGUGUUGUAAAUAGCUGUGCACACUGAUUUUUCGCGUGCGUUGAAAUGAAAACCCCCCGAAUAUUUCGGGGUAAGCCGUAGUAGGCCUAUGUACUGAAAGUAGAAGUGUUCUGUUGGUUGCCUAUGAUGGAAUACUUCACGUCACGUUUUCGAGCAAAGCAUUCUCAGUUACAUGUAGAUAUUCAAGAUAUCUUUUGGUAAGAACAACUGUACAUAAAAGCUUCAGAGAAGUAGUGUUUCGUUGGUUUUUGUUUGGCAGAAAGCUGAAGUAAAUUCUAUUUGGAUAAGAGGUGAGAACAAUGUGUGACAAAUAGACUUCCUCCUUUGGAAAAGCUAUGAAGCUGUAGGGUUCAUUUCAGAUUGAAGUUUUUUUGACCAAUUUCAAUAAGCAAAUGUUCCAACAUUGCAUUCAUGUUUGUUGAUAAUAUAUCUUUUAAAUUACUUGUACUCUGUGAAGAGUUGAUAAGUCAAUUAUAUGUCCCUGAGGAGGCUUUUUAAGUUAA